AUUUUGGACAGCUGUGAUGUGGAAUUAAAUCACAUGGGUGAAGAAUGGCCUAAUCUCUACAUAGGCAAUAUCUCCAUAGCCCAUAACAAGGAAGACUUGAAGAGGUUUGAUGUCACCCAUGCAUUGAAUGCUGCACAUUUCAUGUAGGGAAGCAAAGGAGAUCAAACAUUCCAUGGCCAGGGAAUGCAUUAUGAUGGAAUACCCGCAGAGAACUUGAUCGACUUUCACCUUGGUGCACAUUUCCGUACUGCCUCUGAGUGCAUUCACAAGGCCAAAUGACAGCUUCUUUACCAAACUCAGGAAAACGGUGGGCUGCUAAGAGCAAAACUACUCUUCAAAGCCUCAACAUUACUCAUAUCCUUAAUGCAGCAGAUGGGCCAUAUAACAUCAACACAGGAGCCAAAUAUUACGAAGAUCUGCAAAUAGAGUACUAUGGAAUAGAAGCAUUCGAUGAUCCUUCCUUUAAUUUAAGUAUCUUCUUCUACGAUGCUGCCAAUUUCAUCGGAAAAGCCUUAAACACCUCAGGAGGUAAGGUGUUUGUUCAUUGUGCCAUGGGGGUGAGCCGCUCAGCAUCUUUAGUGCUUGCCUUCUUAAUGAUCCAUGAAAACAUGACAAUCGUGGAUGCUCUAAAAACAGUGAGUGCUCACAGAGACAUCUGCCCAAAUUCAGGGUUCCUCAGCCAGCUCCGGGACUUGGACAUUAGACUAAACGAAGAGAGAAACGGAACCAGAGCAUCUGCUACCAAAGAGCUGUAAGAGAGCAUUGCUGAGAGGACAAAUGUUAUUUGAGUUUCCUGUAUCUCUGUUUAAUGAAUUGCAUUUGUAAACUGAGAAUGAAAGUUUAUGAUACACCAGAAUGCAUGUUAUUACUGAAAGUAGAUUUUACUUGAUCUGUCCAUUUUGCAAAGCCUUCCAAGAUUGUACUUACAAUCGGUUGUGUAUUGCAUCCUUCACUCUCCACCUUAAAACAUUGCUCUCUGCUGGUAAAAAAAAAAAAAAAAAGAAAAAAAAAAGAAAGAAAGAGAAAAAGAUAUCGGGUUCCACUUCAGAAAUAGCUGUGUUUCAGCAACUAGUAAAGCUCAUAUCAUUUUAUGAAGUGUUAGGCUAUUUGAGGUGAAAGAUGCCAUAUUAUUUAUGCUAUGAUAAUGCUUAGAAGUUUUCUUCUGAAUGAGCGCCCCACACCUCUUUGCUCCCCAUGUCUAAAAUGGUUGAUAUUUUGAGACUUGAAUCUGGUACUGGUUAGUUCUUCCUUUUACGAUUGGUGGAGCCCCCGAGUUAGUGGCAAGAGGCUGUUUAAAGGCAGAGCAGCUGGGAAACAACACAAGCCACGCUAAGAAAUUAUUCUAGGUCUCUCUAUAGUCUGUUUCCUUUGACUGUUCAUCAGUUUGGGUUUGCGGUUUCUUUUUUUUUCUCUUCCAUGAAAUGCCUUUGUUUGAGAAGCCAUUCAAAUAUCGUUAAUCUUUCCUGGUAAAAAUCAUCCAGAAGAUGCUGUGGAAAACACUUCCAAAGAUGAAGAAGGUGGAUUCCCAGCUGAGGCUCCAGACAGCUGCAUGGGCAGUGGGAGGGGGUGAAGGAAAGCAUCUGACAAUGGAUUUGAAUGUAGCCCGAAUUUGUCUGACAG